AUGGAGGACUCGAAGCUCCAACGAUUGCACGACACGCUGAAGAAGCUAGCGCCUAAGGGAAAUCAUGGUGGCCUCGGGAGCGCGGGGCUGGUGAAGGGUGGAUUCAAGCAGAGGGACAACGGCCUUCCCAAGAAUGGUCUCUACUCGUACUUCGUGAAGCCCGGGCACUUCAAGACCACCUUCGCCGACAGCGAUGACGAAGACGACGAAAAGAGCGGCGGCAGCGGGGACGAGAAAGCGAAGCGAAAGGCCGCCAAGAAGCUCAAGAAGCGGGAGAAGAAGGACGCGAAAAAGGCCAAGAAAAGGGUCAAGAAGGAGAAGGCCGCGGCGGCGGCGGCGGCAGCAGCGGAGUCGUCGAGCGAAGGGGUGACAGGUGAAGGGUGCGAAGAAGGAGAGAAGAGCAUACGAAAACCCAACGGGACGGCUGUGCCCUCCAAUGGCACCGCUUCGGACGGGGAAACGCCUCGCAAGAAGGAGAAAACGAAGCGAAAACGAGCAGAAACUCCCGUAGCUGCGGUGGAUGGCGAGGGUGCCAAGAAAACGAAGAAGGCGAAGAAAAUGGAGGAGGAAGCGGGCAUCGAUCAAGCAGGGGACGCCAGCGACGUCCCCACGAAGAAGAAGAGAAAAAGCUCUGCCGGGGGGAUGGGGGACGAGGGGACCAAGAACGAGACCUCAAACGAGAAAAAGAAAAAGAAGAGAGGGAAAGUGGACGAAUCCGCCGCUGCGAACGGGUCGACUUCGAGCGAACCGAGCACCACCGGCGGCGGCACGGAGAAGAAGCAAAAGAAGAAAGGAGGGAAGGCGACAGAUGCAGUAGUAGAGAAGGCGGCAAACGGCACAGCCGAACCGAGCACCAGCGGCGGCGGCGGCGGCACGGAGAAGAAGAAAAAGAAGAAAGGAGGGAAAGCAACAGAACCAGCAGCGGAGGAGGCGGCAAACGGCACCGCUAAUGGAGUGUGCGGCAAUGGGGUCGGGGACGACAAGGGAGGGGCGCAAGAGGGAGCUGUACCAAAAGCGAAGUCAGGAAAAAAGAAGAAACCCAAGGUCGGCAAGGCUGAGGCUGUAGAGGAGGAGGCGGCGAAAUCACCGGGAAAGAGCAAGAAGAAGAAGAAGUCGAGAGGAAGGGAUGAGGGAGAUUGCGAAGCAGCUGCUGCAGAGGGGAGCGGCGAGAUCAAGGUCAAGAAGGACAAGAAAGCGAAGAUGAAGAAGAAAACUGCUGGCGCUGCUGUAGCGUAGAAGCCGUACUCUUUUGAUUGACCCUAUUGCAGUACUGGUGUUGGCGUUUGCGGAGUGGUGGGGUUAGGAGGCCGAUCCCGGGCCCCCGACCCGUGUGGUUGUUUUGUUGGGAGCACGUAUUUCGGGGUAAGCGGAAUGCAGGCUUUUUGAUGUUAUAAUAGUGGAGUGUUUUCAUGCUUGAGACCGUGACUCCGCUCAGGCGUUUUGCUUCAAGUCCCACCAAUUGCGGCCGUACACAUUGGCCCUCUGUUUCUAUUUUCUAGUGCUCUUCUUCUUGGUCAGGAACAACCAGAUGCCUCGUUCCUGUGUGUGCUUUGUCAACCCAACGAUCAAAAACGAGUU